AUGGCGGAGAUGGUCAACACGGAUCCGGAAGGGAUCGAUGGAGUUCGUAUGACCUGGAAUCUCUGGCCUCGCACUAAAGUCGAGGCUAGCAAGUGCGUGAUCCCACUCGCCGCCUCCAUCUCUCCGAUCCGCCGUCACCCCGACAUCCCUUCUCUCCCUUAUGCUCCUCUCAGAUGCAAGACCUGCCACGCUGCUCUCAACGCCUUCUGCCAGGUCGAUUUCACCGCCAAGAGCUGGAACUGCCCUUUCUGCUUGCAUCGGAGUCCUUUCCCGCCUCACUACCAUAUGAUCUCCGAGAUCAACCUCCCUGGCGAGCUUUACCCUCAGUACACCACUGUCGAAUACACGCUCCCGCCGACCCCCGGUCAGUUCGAUCCGAGAACCGGCGCUGCUCCAACUCAACCCCCUCCGCCGGUGUUUGUGUUUGUUCUCGAUACGUGUAUGAUCGAGGAAGAAUUGGGAUUCGCCAAAUCGGCGCUCAAACAGGCGAUCGGAUUGCUUCCGGAAAAUGCUUUGGUGGGAUUCGUUUCGUUUGGUACUCAGGCUCAUGUGCAUGAAUUGGGCUUCUCAGAGAUGUCUAAAGUUUUUGUCUUUAAGGGGAACAAAGAAGUCUCAAAGGAUCAAGUUUUGGAUCAAUUGGGACUUGGGACUUCCUCAAGGAGAGCUCCCACUUCUGGGUUUCCCAAAGGAGCGCAAAACGGAUUCCAGAGUUCCGGCGUGAACAGGUUCCUGUUGCCUGCCUCCGAGUGCGAAUACACACUAGAUUUGCUUUUGGAUGAGAUGCAAACAGAUCAGUGGCCUGUUCAGCCAGGUCACCGUCCUCAACGAUGCACAGGUGUGGCAUUGAGUGUAGCUGCAGGACUGCUUGGAGCUUGUUUGCCUGGAACUGGGGCUAGAAUCGUAGCUUUGGUUGGAGGCCCAUGUACAGAGGGCCCUGGAACGAUUAUCUCAAAGGAAUUAUCAGAUCCUGUUCGCUCCCACAAAGAUCUUGAUAAAGAUGCUGCCCCUUAUUAUAAAAAGGCUGUCAAGUUUUAUGAAAAUAUUGCAAAACAGCUGGUCGCUCAGGGGCAUGUGUUAGACCUUUUUGCCUCUGCACUUGACCAGGUUGGGGUUGCUGAAAUGAAAGUUGCAGUUGAAAGUACCGGUGGCCUUGUUGUUCUCUCUGAAAGUUUUGGCCAUUCCGUAUUCAAAGAUUCCUUCAAGCGGGUGUUUGAAGAUGGCGAGCAGUCACUUGGCCUCUGCUUUAAUGGUACGCUUGAUAUCAUUUGCUCAAAAGACAUCAAAAUCCAAGGGGCUAUUGGGCCUUGCUCAUCAUUAGAAAAGAAAGGUCCCAGUGUUGCCGACACAGUCAUUGGAGAGGGGAAUACUAGUGCUUGGAAGUUAUGUGGCCUCGACAAGAGUACUUGCUUGACUGUAUUCUUUGAUUUAUCCUCAACCGGGUCAAAUGCCCCUGGAGGUGUAAAUGCUCAGUUUUAUUUGCAGUUUCUCACAAGUUACCAAAAUCCUGAAGGUCAAACAUUGCUCCGAGUUACAACUGUAACUAGGCAGUGGGUGGAUAGUGCUGUGAGCACACAGGAACUUGUGGAAGGUUUUGAUCAAGAAACUGCUGCUGUGGUCACGGCAAGAUUAGCUUCCUUAAAAAUGGAAACAGAGGAGGGAUUUGAUGCCACUCGGUGGAUAGAUCGGACUCUCAUUCGUCUGUGUUCGAAAUUUGGCGACUAUAGAAAGGAUGAACCGUCCUCGUUUACGCUGAAUCCUUAUUUUUCAUUGUUCCCUCAAUUUAUGUUUAACCUGCGGCGAUCACAGUUUGUUCAGGUCUUUAACAACAGUCCAGAUGAAACCGCAUACUUCCGCAUGUUGCUAAACCGGGAGAGUAUUUCAAAUGCAACCGUCAUGAUCCAACCAUCGCUGACAUCAUAUUCAUUCAAUACGCCACCUCAGCCAGCUCUGCUGGAUGUGGCUUCCAUUGCAUCCGACAAAAUUCUUCUCUUAGAUGCAUAUUUUAGUGUUGUAGUCUUCCAUGGAAUGACUAUCGCACAAUGGCGAACCGCCGGUUAUCAUCAUCAGCCUGAACACGAGGCCUUUGCUCAGCUAUUGCAAGCUCCACAAGAGGAUUCCCAGAUGUUAGUUCGGGAGCGUUUCCCAGUGCCGAGACUAGUUGUGUGUGAUCAACAUGGAUCGCAGGCAAGGUUUUUAUUGGCAAAGCUGAAUCCAUCAGCGACUUAUAACAAUGCAAACGAGAUGGCUAUUGGGGCGGACGUUAUCUUCACUGACGACGUGAGCCUGCAAGUCUUCUUUGAGCAUCUUCAGAAACUGGCAGUGCAAUCAUGA